AUGAGUAAGACUAAUUCAUCAAAUUUAUCUACUCCUCAAACUACACAAAAUAUUAAAAAUAAACAUCCAAUAUUUAAAGAGUCUACUUCUCCAAGAUUUCAAAUGAUGUCAAGUUCACCAUUAUUUCAGAAUUUAGAAUAUAAUCAUAUGACUAAAGACUUACAAGAAAAAUAUGGAACUAGUCUUAAAUUUAAAAAUAACCAAAAUGAUAAUGAAAUAGGAAUUAGUGAAGCUCUUAAUAUUAUGGUUACUAUGAUUGUUUGUGGUUGUGCACUUGGAUUUAUUGGAUAUGGAUAUGGUGGACCUGUUUAUGCUGGACUUGGAGGAGCAAUUGGAAUAUUUAUUGGUAUGAUUGUAGAUACAUUGUUAGUUAUUAUUUAUUCAAAUAAAUUAGGACAACCUAAAUCUCAUUCAAAACAUCAACAAAUUCAAAUUAUAGAAAGAAAAUCUAAUGAACAUAAAAAAACUGAAUAA